UGAGCCAAUCGAAGUCGUUUUUACAUAAGAUUGAGACACUCCGGUGUAAAAAUGGCGACUGAUAUCGAUACCGGACUCAACAUGAUGAAUGCAUACGCCAUGUAUCCACCAAUGGCUCCGGUUUACGAUGAGCCCAGGGUUGGCGAAAAUGUGAUAACACAGGGAUUAACUAAGGAUCUGGAAGAUUUUUACGACAAAACGGAAUCUAGUGCUGAUCGAGAAAAGGCAUUACAACUGCUCACUUCUCUAAAGUUUGGACAAGAAAUUAGGAAUUCGAGUCAUUAUCCCGUGGAAAGGCCCCACACAGCCAUGCCAACUUUCGGACCAAGAAACCCGUACCAGACCACGUACACUAAGGAUUAUCCUCAGAAGGACUCCGGCGUGACGGCCGUCAGGCCCAUGUCGUCACAAGGGUUUGCUGCUUCACACGACCUGAGCGGCCCCAUCGGGGCCACAACGUACCAUAACGAUUACACAGGAGGAUCUCAGCCCCCCUCCGCUCCCAUCAGGAGCGGCAGCGCUUCCGGUUCACGAAGCAAUAAACCACACCCACUUCAGUCUUUCAUGGUAUGGAAGUUUCCGCGCCGGGCGCGUCCAGAGCAAAAGGAAAGCCCGUGGUCUGAGGAGCUAACAGACGAUAUGAUCAAUCAGGUUCACAAACGCCUGUGUCAGUCUACGUAUCAGAGUGACUUCCUCGGUAUACCUCAAGGUUUCCAAGUGAAGAGUGCAUACAAUCUCCCCCCAGAUUGGAAGGAAAAUAUUCCCUAUACACUGGACUCGGUGGCCCGGUAUUCCUUCCAAACCCCGUCCCAGCAAGAUGAACUUAGACUACCGGCCUCCCGCUAUGGUAGCAACAAGAAAAAGCAACUUGUUGCUUCCGGUACAAUACCAACGGCCUCCUCUAGAUACAUGCACAUCAAACAGAGAACAACAUACGACCGCCAUUAUAACGACAACUCGUCAGCCGUCGUUACUCAGAUUAAGGACACAGGAAAGAAACUCGGUGCGGAGGCUUUGCGGAAACACUUAGAAAAAAUGGAAGGAGAAGGUAUACACAAUUUAGGCAACAAUUACGCUAGCACUGAGUAUAACCGUCCUGCGACGUUAAGGAUGCAACAGAGGGCCAAUACGUCCAUGUUACCACGGCUUUCUAUGACAAAUGGAGCCGUCCCAAUGUUAGACAGGGCCACUGCUUGGCCGGGACCCGUGCACACGUGAUCACUCUUUUCUUAUCACGUGAUAAUAUACAACCAAUCAGCGAUGCCUAGAACAUCUGUCAUUUGCCGACAUUCUGGACGUAGUCUGUGAUAUAAUUCGCCUAUUUUUUUUAUUCAUAUCAAGAAACAUUCUUUUUUUCAAGAUUUGUUAUUUAUUCAAUGUUUAACACUUGUUUACCAAUCCAAAAUAUUAUUUUAAUGUUUAAAUGAAUCUCAAACACAUGCCAUGAAAAUUGCUGCAAGAAUAGAUUUUGCAGCAGUUUUCUAAGACUGAAAGGUUGAUAGAAUUUCGUCUGAAUGUUUAGACAAGAAAGAAAUUCAUACUUUAUUUUUUGAUGAUUUCCAAAGGUUGUUAAAUUCCCGUGUGUUGAUAUUGAAAUUUCAUUUUGUGACUUAAGAAAAACGGAUUUUUUACCGUUGGUUCUUCUUGUUCCACGGGGAGAUACAGAAAUUGCAGAGGUUUUGUAGGGAUCUAGUCAUCACUUUUUAACAUGGAGAUAUAUUUUCUACAUUGUGAGGUUCCGUAUUUAGGGAAGUAUAAUAAUUUAUUAUAUUUUCUAAUAUAUUAAUCUGUAUGAUAUAUUAUACCACUAGUAUUAAGUAGGUUCGUGAUGAACGCUAGAUUUUUUUUAUUUUAUUUUUUAUUUCUCAACUUGUUUUAUGUGAAUAAUAAUUCAUGGCGCUUAUAAUAUUUUAAAAGCUAGGAGAAUACAUCGUAUAUAUGUAAAAAAAAAAUAUAUAUUUUAAAUUAGUAUUAUUUAUGUGAUAAUGGCGUAUAUUUGCCAUAAUGAUGUCGCAGUGCUGUCUUCAGAAAUCUCCACCAAUACAUAGGAGAACAUUGAAAUAGUAAGACACCAACAACGUAACGGUAUUUACCUGUUUUAGAAUACGAUUUCAUUACUGAAAUCUACAUCACUUUUAGCUCAGUAAGAUACAAGCGAUGGUUAUUUCAACGUAGAUUUGACACGAGCAUUUUGGCGAGUGGGAUAAACAUAUUCACAUGUGAUAUACUUAAUUGGUUACUCUUGCAGCCCAAAUGUUUAACUCCACAUUCGAUGUCACGUUAAAAUAUGAGCCUAAUAUGUUCAUUACAACAAGCAUUGAAAUAUUAUUUAUAAUGACAUGUUUAUUGAAAUUGCAUUCAAAGCGCAUUUUUGUUUGUAAAGCAAGAGGUUCCGAUUAAUCUAAACAACCUUCUGUUGCUAUUGUCGAAUGUCAGUAAGUAUACAUGUAUAUUAUACCGGGAUAUUGUUACCGCUCUUCCUUUCAAACAUAAAUCAAAAACCUAUUCACUUUUACAUGCAUAUAAUUGUUUUCAUUUACUUGAUUUUGCUGCCGAACAUGAGAUAUCAAUUUAUUGGCGAAAGUCGGAAUAAGUUUAUUUACCAUAUUCGAGUCUGCUAAAUCACUGUAUUAUGUGAAUUCCUAUUCCGCGAUUUUACUUUCAGCAAAUUAUUUACUUGCAAAAAUGAUUUUUUUUAAACCCCAUGCUUAAUAGUGAUGAUAGAUAACAUUCUAAACAAAAUUCGAAUUCGUCAUAACGCUAUAAUAUGCAUCUCACAAUAAAUAAGAAAUUGACGGCGAAAGCUAAAAAUCUCUUAUUUCGUUUGUUUUCAUUGUUUUCUUCUUGAAAUAAAUUAAGUAUUCAAGAUAUCGAGGUCUUAAUAAUAAUAACAAAUAAAUGUAAAGUAAAACCGAAACUCACAUCGACAUAAAGGUGGUAUUUGAUUCGUAAUAACGAAGCUCUACCACUGUAUCGGUAAAAGUAGACGAAUUUGAGUCAUUUGUUGUAUAUGUAUGUGGAAAUUUCAUAUCAUAUGGCCUAUUGAUUACUUAAGUAAAUAAUAUUUUACGGUAUUUUUUCUUGGUAUGUUAAUCAGGGCCUGGGGAAGGCGAUUGAUUUUUACUCUGGUCAGUGUGUAGUCAGUUUGUGUGUGAACAUUCUGUUUAAAUAACCACUAAUUUACAGUUCAAAAAACUAACACAUUUCACUUUUUAAAAUUUCAAUUUAAGUUAUGGAUAUUGUUCAUUUGUUUGAUGGUUACGGUCACAUAAAGUAAACUUUAUCAUUAUAUCUUCAUAAAGUUUGGUCUUAAAUUGAUUUUUUUUCCCCAACUAUUCCAAAAGGGAAAUUAUCCAAUGAUCUCCCUUUGUUAUAAUACAAUUUAAUGUAAGAAAAUGCAUACAACAUUGUUACAAAUAUCUGUUCUUCGUACAAAGUAUGGAAUGAAUUUCAGCCCAUAUAAUAGGUUAUAUAAAUGAAUUUAACGAUAAUAUCAGUUAUGUAUAUAUUUACCACUUAGAAUAAAGAAAGCAACAACCGUAAAAUAUCUAAAUUAUUUUUUAUUCGCAUGCUUCUUUUAAUUUGUUAUUCGCGAAAAUCUCGCGGAAUUAGGUUCAACUUGGUGUUGGAGAUAUAUAUCAUGACUGUUAUUAUUUCUUUUCCUUUCUCAGGAGAUGUUUUUGUUACACAUUUCAGUUAUGUUGUUUAUGGGAGAAUUGGUAGGUUAUGUACGCAACUUUGAUUUGCUAUUAAAUUGCACUGAGAAUAAACGAUAUAGACAUCUC